AUGCCACUCACUAAAAGACCUUCGAACAAUGCCAAGCUGGAGACCAACCGGAGCGCUUGGACCCCCCUGAACCACCCGUUGAACAACAGCCAGGUGUUUGAAGAGAGGCGACAGCUCAUAGCAAAGUGGUUCCUCAGGUGGUCCGACAGCCAGAGGAAGGCCGUGCUGCACGACUCUGUUCUGAGCUGUGCUGUGGAGCAGCUCCGGUUCCUGAGUGUCAGCGUGAGCCGACGGCUGCCCCUGCAGGCUGCAGACUUCAGCUGCCUGCUGCCCAGAGUCCUCUGCCUCUACAUCUUCUCCUUCCUGGACCCACGCAGUCUCUGCCGAUGUGCUCAGGUGAGCUGGCACUGGAAGAGCAUCGUUGAGUUGGACCAGCUGUGGAUGCCAAAGUGUCUGAGGCUCGGCUGGUGCGUUAGCUCCUCCCCCUCGCCGUUUGAGCAGGGCGUCUGGAAGAGACUGUACAUUCAGAGUGUCCAGGAGCUGCAGAUCCACCUGCAGCAGGUCAGUAGAGCGAUCUGCUUCUUGUUUCUUCUGAUACAGCCACCGUUGAAGGUUCCUGAAGGUCCAGCUGUGAGCAGCGAUCACGCAGAGCCACAAAGAUCGGUCCACAUUAACGAGGAGCGUCCAGCUUCUGCCACCCAGCCCCCCAGAACUAGGUCCGGGUCCAGAUUAAAAAAGGAAAAGCCAGUGAACGCACCACCACCCUGGAGAGGCUCUGACAAACAUCCCAAAGACACAGUCCGCUUCAACUACCUGGAGAACCUGGAUCCCAUCCAGCAGGCGCUGACAGCGCAAACGAGCGGCAGAGCCCCCACCUGCAGCAGCACAGCUGAGCUGAACGGGGGGAGGAAGAAGCCGUUGUCUGAGGCCUCUUACAAACUGCGCAAAGCCAAGUCUCUGAUGCUGCUCACCUCCAGCUGCAGAGUCCAACAGCCCCCAGCUCCCCCUGACCCCCCUCACCAGACCCAAACUCACCCCUCACUUACAUCUCAGACUCCAGAGGCCCCCACCCUCACCAAGGGGACCGCCAUAAGCCUGCUUGGCCUGGCCCAGUGGAAUGCUGGGAUUCGUCCGAGGCCCGUGAGGCCGCCGCUGCCUCGGCUGAGCUCAGAGGGGCUCAGGGCCUCCCAGCGCUCCCACAGGAGCGCUCCCAGUAAGUCAGUGCACCUCCUCUGCUGCUUCGAGCUAAUCUGA